AUGAUUUCAGGUUUUGCGGUGCACGGACAAGACCUCGUUGUGCCUCGCGGCAGCAGCCGGUGCAUCGUGGCAAACGCAGCUGCUGUCGUCCUGGAUGUUACGUGUGGUUGCCGUGGGGGAGGCCGGAGCUACGUGCGUGAUGAGGUUUUGUGCGUCAAGGCACGUAGGAAGUCCUUCCGCGAGGCGGGCUGGCAGGAAUUGCUUCGUCGAAUGCGGUGCUCUGCCGGUGGAUGUCUUCGUCAUCCAUGCAGCGCGGCACUUGUGACGAUCGCCAAGGAACUCGUUCGGGAUGGCUGGCAGGGCAGCGCCUACAAGUGCCCGGGUCGGCAUAAGAAGGAUUUGCUGGCCAGUGUGUCAUGA